AUGAAGUACAAUGAUACCGUCAUCGAAUCAGCCGCACUGAGCAAUAGCACCUCCAGUGUUUCGGAACUCACAAUCCGCGCCAACUACCUAACAUUGUGUGCGAGCGCGGCGGGCGACAUGGUAUGCACCACCAGCAAGAACACUACAGAUUUGGGAACUAUUAGCAGCACCGAUUCCAGCACAGAUGGCGUGAGUCUAGUUGUCAUUGCAUCCGCGUUAAGUCUGGUGUGUACGCCGUAUUUGUUGAUCACGGCUCUCGUAAUCGUGCUCUUGUUGACGAUUGUGGUUCUCUGGCAGUUAAUGCCUUUUGUUCCCGGCAAAGUCAUUGCACGCAAAAUCUGUGCGGCGGCCGCGCUUCUCGCCAGUCUUGUCUGGGGCCUAGGCGCUAUGCUCCAACACCAGGCUAUCGUCAGCGCCGAAGCAUUUGUCGAGGCUGCCACUCUGAAUUAUAUUUCUGUGGAGCGGGGCUCCAAGGCCGAGGCCCUUUCGUGGACAGCGUUUCUGUUUUUGGUAAUUACAUUUUUUGCCUUGCUGUUCCGAGUUUUUAGAGACCAUCGCCAACUGAUGGCGCUAGACGAGAAGUGUUGA